AUGGAGGCCAACAGGGAUCCCAGGGACUUUGUUCCCACAUCCAACGUCCAGCCCCCAGCUGUCGACUUUAUCGACAACCACAUCGACGAGUACCACCCCGCAUUCAGCAACCCACCGUCACGUUACGAUCCAAGACUCAAGCAGUAUGUCAUAUGCCAGACGUCCAACUUUUUGGAACCUCAAGUUUCCCCAGACGUUGAGGCACAGGUCGGCACGGCUGCGCCACUACCGUCCGAGUAUGACUUUACCCCAAGACCACUUCCACAGCCAACAGCAGCCCUCGACUUUUGGGAGGACCUAUUCCCCACAGCCAUGGAUCGAUUUCAAAUGAUGCAUCCAGUUGAGCCGGAUGCGGUUGCAAAGUAUCGGAUCCGGGACCGCAAGAGUUGGACAGAGGUGUUUGAUCAGCUCGAAGCGGCAAAAGUACAGUACUAUCAAACAAAGGGCUUCAAGGGAGGCUUUAGGAAGAUUUACAGAAAAUCCGGCGACAACGUUCAGCCGCUUAUUGGAGUGGCCAAGGCUUUGCCUGAUAUCGACAUGGUGACACCCGUCUUGGGGAUAACAUAUUUCCAGGCCGCCAAGCAAGCCGCCCAGGUUCGCCAGGCCAUGUCUGGCGCAUUCGACGGUAUCGAACCCAUGUUCUCACAAAUCGAGCUUUUCCUCAAGAUAUAUCCCGGAGACGAGAACAUCAAACGGGCAUCUGUCGAGCUUAUAGCAGUGACGUUCCACGCGGUCGAGUGUGUGAUUGGCUUUUUUGUCAAGUCUACCUGUACGCGCUCUGCAUCCUCUUCGCCUUGUAAAAGCUUGGAGGCAGUCAAGACCCACAGCGAGGCCUUAACUACAGAGGCCAACAAUUCCGACAAGUACAUGUCAAGCAACAUUGUGAAGAGAGUCGUACAGGCAACCCACCAAUCUGAGAAGCGGAUACUCCAGACCGUCCACAGUGAACGGACAAUGAUCUUGACUCUGUUUCAGGAGCUACAUGACAACUUGGCGCGCAAGCAAACCGCUGAGAAUGCCGCCAUGUUCAACAUGGUACAGCAUCAUCUUUCUCAAUUCAUCACGUCAAUGGCCCCACCCACUUCGACGCCGCCUCCACCGAUACGUUGGCCAGCAGUUUCAACGAGCGGGGCGUUGGUCACAUCUGAGCAGCUGCUUGGCUUGAUGAACAUACCAAACUGGUCAGCCAUCGAUCUGCACGCGAUAGAAGAGAGACGAAACGAUCUGAUACCCAAAGAGCAGCAAGCCAAGGCCGAACACAUCAUCAACACUACCGAGUUCAGACGCUGGCUUACCUCGGCGGCCUCAUCACAGCUGCUGGUUCAUGGAAACUUUGACCCGAGGCCCAUGUCCGGAACGACUCAUUUCUGCGCAACCUUGAUCAGGCACAUUGCGGAGCAUCCCCGGCACAUAUCGCUCAACUUCUUCUGUGGUCAGCAUCUGGAGCCGGACUCGCACGCCGGCGGCCGUGCCAUGAUCCAGACAUUUAUAUGCCAGCUCUUGAGCCAGUACAACUUUGAUCCUCAAUAUAAAGUCGACCAAAACUUGGAGUUGAUCAAGGCCGGCGACGUCAAAGAACUAUUCAAACUGUUUGAUUUCCUGUUCCGCGGGAUUGAUCCAAGCCUAUGUGUGUUCUGCAUCAUUGACAGCGUCGUCUUCUACGAGCGGGACGAGUUCCUGCGGGACCUGGGAGACGUGAUCCCCAUGUUAGUAAAGCUGUCUGCAGAGCGGCUACAUGACGCCAGCAUGCCCGUUUUCAAAGUUUUGAUUGCCAGCCCGAUAAAAACGGAGGUGGUCCGCCGGCUGUUUGUCGAUGAGCAGAUCUUGUCAAUGGCAACCAUGGCUGAGCACAUUGAAGAUCCCAGUCAGAUGAGGGUGGAGAGGAGGCUAAAGGAGGAAAGCAGUUUCAGUUCCAGUGUAUAA